AUGUACCCAAAAUUAUUUGCGGUGCUGAUUCUGGCCUUGCACGUUGCCUUGAGCACUGGAACAUUCGGAGGAGGAAAAGAACAUGUACACAUCAGAGUUCACGUGCCUAGUCAAGAAGUCCAUCAUAAGGAAGUGAUUAAAAUUCACGAUCAUGGUGGCGGCGGACAUGGGGGAGGUGGACAUGGCGGAGGUGAUGACGACCAUCACGGCGGUGGUGGAUUUGGCGGCGGAUUCGGCGGCGGAUUCGGCGGUGGUUUCGGAGGAGGUGGCGGCUACGGUGGCGGCCACGGAGGAGGCGGAGGAUACGGAGGAGGUGGCGGAGGACAUGGAGGAGGCCAUGGCGGUGGACAUGGCGGUGGAGUUUCACAUACCAUCAUAAUCAAUGGUGGAGGUGGAGGCGAUCAUGGAGGUGGCCACCACGGAGGCGGUGGUGGUGGAUACGGAGGAGGUGGAGGAUAUGGCGGAGGAGGAGGUUAUGGAGGAGGUGGCGGACACGGAGGUGGUGAUAUCCACGGAGGAGGCGGCGGAUACGGUGGUGGAGGAGGCGGAUAUGGCGGAGGACAUGGCGGUGGAGGUGGACAUCAAGUUAUAACACUGCAUGGAGGAGAUCCGCUGCCAAGUGGAGGCGGUGGUGGAUACGGAGGAGGCGGAGGUUUUGGAGGAGGAGGUGGAUUUGGCGGCGGACACGAUGAUCACCACGGAGGUGGAGACUUUGGAGGAGGCGGUGGAUAUGGAGGUGGUGGAGGAUUUGGAGGAGGCGGUGGCUACGGAGGUGGGGGAGGAUUCGGAGGAGGCGGCGGCGGUGGCGGUGGUUACGGAGGAGGCGGCGGCCACGAUCACCACGGAGGAGGAGGCGACUUUGGCUCCUCAGGAUAUGGCGGCGGCGGCGGAUUUGGAGGAGGUGGCGGCUAUGGAGGCGGUGGUGACCACCAUGGAGGCGGUAUUGAUUUCGGCAGUAGCGGAUAUGGCGGCGGCGGUGGAUUUGGCGGAGGAGGAGGUUAUGGAGGCGGAGGAGGUGGUGGUCACGAUCAUCAUGGCGGAGGAGGUGACAUAGGAGGUGGAUUCGGAGGAGGAGGUGGUUUUGGCGGAGGCGGUGGAUACGGAGGAGGCGGUGGUGGUCAUGAUCAUCACGGCGGAGGAGGUGGAGGAGGCGGCGGAGGUGGUUACGGCGGCGGCGGUGGAUACGGAGGAGGCGGUGGUCAUGAUCAUCACGGCGGAGGAGGUGGACGAGGAGGUGGAGGAGGUGGAUUUGUUGGAAUAAUUCACGACCACCUCGGCGGAGGUGGCGGAGGAGGCCACGGUGGUGGCGGAGGAUAUGGAGGUGGAGGCGGAUAUGGAGGCGGUGGCCACGGCGGCGGAGGAGGACAUGGAGGCGGAGGAGGACAUGGAGGUGGAGGUGGACAUGGAGGCUAUGAUUAA